GAUUGCAGGCCGCUCGCUUAUCGAGUCAACAGUUAGUCGCCAGCAGCGCAGCAAACGGUCGCAAUUUCGGAGUUUCUAUUGUUACUGAGAGAGGGUGUCGGAAAGAGAAAGAGAGAGACAGAGUGAUAGUAAUAAUGGUGAUCGAUAUUAAAAUGUGUCGCUUUGAUAAUGUGCCGUGGGGCUUUCGGCUUGUCGGUGGCGCCGACUACGAAUACCCAUUGACUGUGGUUAAGGUCGCCGAGGGCAGCAUCGCUGAGGAGGCGGGCCUGUGCGUCGAGGAUGUGAUUGUACGUAUCAAUGAUACGGCUGCGAUGCCGUUAACCCAUGACGAGGCUCACAGCCUAAUCCUGAGCAGCGGCAGCGUUUUCUACUUUGGUGUCUAUCGCGAGCACGAGGAGCAGCUCGAUGAAGAACCAAAGCGGUUUCCACUGCGGGUGGGCUCGUUGACCAAGUCCGCAACGGCAUCGCCUGAACGGUCGGCAACCGCAUCCGCAUCCGCCUCGCCGCUGCCGUCAUUAACGGAAGUAACAAAAGCGCUCAUACCGGAACAGGAGCAGGUCGUGGUUGCGCAACUGGAGGAACUGGAAUGUCGCAGUGCAGCAGUGACGGAAAUGCAUUCGCAUGCCAACGACACUGAGCAGGGGCUGGCAAAGGAGGAGCAGAAUGCGAAUGCGAAUGCGACUGCGACGGCGACGGCGACUGCGAAUGCCAAUGCAAUUGAGAAUGAGGACAACACCCAAUAUUUGCCCGAGCUGCCCGAUCGUCCUUGCUCGGCGAUGUCAGAGCGGUCGGAUAUGAAGCUGGUCGAGGAGGAAAUUGCUGCCGUGCUGUCUGGCGAAUCGGAGGUUCUCAAGGAGCACAAUGUGCUUGGAAUCUUUCCCAAGCCGGGCGUCUGCAUGACCAGCGAUGUGCUGCGCUCCCUCAACGAGGAGGUGACCAAAACGAAACUCGAAAAGGAAAAGGAGAAUCGCAAAUGGUCGACCUUCCUGCAGCGACCCGAUCGCCCUGUGCCCAAGAGCAAGCAACAACUGGAGGCGGAGCAGCGGGCCGCGAAUGCGUACAAGGUGAAGAUUGUCAAGUCUAUGCCGCGGGAUAAAUCGCCUUUGCCGGAAGCCACGCCAAAGGAAGUCACCCCACCGCCCAAGGAGCCAACUCCGCCAACAAGUGAGGAGUCGGAGAAGCAGCCGCAGGAGGAGAAGGAGGUGGAGGAAGAACCGCUGCCCACGGACAGUGAAGUGCCGAAUUUGGAACAAUUGCCAGACAAUGACAAAAUCAACAGCAACAACAAUGAGCUGCCCGAGGAUGCGGAAGGUGAGCAGUUGGAGAAGGCUGAUGCCUCCAAGGAAGAGCAGGAGGAGGAGCGACAGCAGCUGACAGAGUUGAAGGCACAACGAGAAGCAGAAGAAGAAGCAGAACAGCAAACAGGAGCAGCAUCCGCAGCUGAGCCUAACGAGGCAGCCGAGCCAGUAGCAGAGAAAACUGAUGAGGAACUGGCACUGGAAAAACAAUUGGCCGAUGUGCAAAAACAGCUAGCGGCUCUGUCGUCGCUACCCUCAACCAUACAGUCAACACUGGAUGCGGUGACCAAGCAGUUGGCCGAACUGCUGCCCACAUUUAAGCUGCAGCAGAAAGAGGACUUGCCACAAAUCGAUGAGCAGCUGGAGAAGGAGCAGGAACUGGAGCAGCAGCAGCAGGAUACGUCCGACUCUGCGGAGAAACAGCAGCAGCAGCAGCAGCAGCCGGAUGAAGUAGGAGCAGCAUGUGAAAAUAAUGAGGAUAAAUGCGACGGCAAUGACCUGCAAGUGCCUGAAAUUUCUCUCUCAAAUGGCGACAAUCGCCAACGGGAGCAGAGCGGAGGCGGCCAGCCAAAUGUGCCAAACGAGGAGCAAUGCUUCAAGAAGCAAAAGAAACACAAUGUCAUUGAGGAGCUCGAGGAGCAUUUGGUGCGCAAAAACAAUCCGAGGCGUUCGAAGCGCGCCUUUGGUCCCCUGACGCCAUCAUCGGAGCGUCCUCUGGUGCUGCCCGGCGGCAGGCGCUGGUAUCGACCCAAGGAUGCCUACAAUGAUGAAUUCAUUGCCGAAACACUCAGCGCCCAGGCGGAGCUUAUAACCGGCAGCACUCUGGGGGUCAACUUUAUGAAGUACCAGAAACCGGAGCGCAAACUCGACUACAAUCGCAGCGAGGUGUACAAAGUCAUCCAUCAUCUGGAUCGUGCACCAAUCCGUGGCAUCGAGGUGCGUGCCCCCCUUGUGGCAGCCGAGUCAGAUAUACGCCAAUCGUUGCAAUCAUCAUAGUUUAAUAUAUAUACAAUAUAUAUAGAUAAACCAUCGUUA